AUGACAUCCUCUGAUGUGCGCGACGUUCUCAACCUAGGAGACGGCUCCUCAGGCCCCCGACCGACGAAGAAGCAGAAAAUCGGACAACCAAAGCCCAACCUCAAAGGUCUGGCCAGAGAAGUGCUCAAUCUCGGCGGCGACAACCCCGUGUCGAUAAUACCAGCCUCGAACCAAUUCAAAAAGAGGCGGCUGGCGAGCCGCAAACCCGCUGCGAGGUGGGAGCUUCGACAAUUUCGCAACUCAGGGCGCGACGAUGGGUCGUUGAUUUUGCGACACUGGCGAAGGGCAGAUACCAAGGGCCUUGAUGCAUCUGGCGGCGACGGCCAACGGCCUGAGGGGCAGCAGGAUGGACAGUCGGAGAUGCAGGGACAGGAAUACGAUGAGGAUAAGAAGGAGGGUGUAGAGCGCGAGUUGGAGGAUUCCGCAUUUGCUAAGUUCAACGUGCGGAUUCAAGUGCCACAGUACUCUCAAGAUCAGUACCACGUCUCGCUGCAGAGUGACUACUGGACCAAGGAAGAAACAGAUUAUUUGAUGGAGAUGGCGAGCGAUUUCGAUCUCCGCUGGCCGCUCAUCUGGGAUCGAUACGAGUACCAGCCGCCUGCGACGAAUGGUGCGGCCGACGCGGACGGGGAUGAGAGUAAGGCCAUUGUCCCGGCUACGCGGCCUCGGUCGGUGGAGGAUCUGAAGGCGAGGUAUUACGAGGUGGCGGCGAAGAUGAUGGCGGCCCAGAAGCCAGUGCAGUACAUGACACAGCAGGAGUAUGCGCUGCAUGAGACAAUGGCGCAUUUCAACCCCAAGCAGGAGAAGCUGCGGAAGGAAUUUGCGAUGAACACCAUGUCACGGUCGAAGGAGGAGGCGAGAGAGGAAGAGUCUCUGCUGCUGGAGAUCAAACGGAUCAUGGCAAGGAAUGAGCGGUUCAAUGAGGAGAGGAGGGAAUUGUACAACCGGUUGGAUUAUCCCAGGGCAGAAACGGAUAUCAACACAUUCAAGUCGUCGGCUGGGUUGCAGACUUUGCUCCAGAAUCUCAUGACCGCUGACAAGACAAAGAAGAGAAAAUCCAUCAUGGGCACUGACAGUCCGGCCGGUGGCGCGGCCGGUGCAGCGCCAGGCGCAGCACAACCCGCAACAGCGACAGAAUCUGGCAAGCGAGACAGCGCGGCGGUGUCUAAUGCUGCUACUCGCGAGUCUACAGCUGCAACAUCAACGCCCACCGCGGCGAGCAAGAAGGCUCAGCAACAACAAGAGAAGCAACAGCCUCCUGAGCGGAGGAAGCUCAACAGCCAAGAAGAGGCAGUGUAUGGUGUUACACAUCACGACCGACUUGGUUCAGGGCCUACGUUCCGAACCGAAAAGAUCAACAAACUUUUCUCACACAAGUCCAAUCAACAACAGAUGCGUAUUAAUAAUACCCUCAACGAAUUGGAUGUCCCCGCCAAGUUGGCAAUGCCAACUUCUGCAACGACUUUGCAAUAUGAACAGCUCCUGGCUGCUGUCAAUAGUCUUCUAGACGCAAGAAAGGUGUCAGACAAACUCGAUGGCGAGAUCAAGAUCGAACAAGCCAAAAAGGCGGAGCGUGAGAGGAUCCACGGACCUCCGCCUUCUGAGAAGGGAGAUACCUCAACGAGCGGACAGACCAAGACUGAGGACGAGGUCAAAAAACCUGAUGACGGCCCCCCCUCUUCUGAAGAUCAGCCAGAUGCCGACAACAAGGCUAGUAGUGGUGAGCCAGGUGAGGACAAGGCCGAAGAUGCCGAAGAUGCCAAAGAUGGACAGACAUCGUCCGAGGAAGUUGAGAAUGCAGCGGAAGAAUCAACCCCCAAACCAGGACAAGACCAAGAGGCCACUGAAAAGCCAGUAGAUGUUGAGCGGGAACGGGAAAAGAGUGCUCGACCAGGAAGCAGCAGCGGUCUCCAUAAACGAAGUGCCAGUGUAUUGAGCACCGUGAGCGACAAGAGCGCCAAACGACAAAAGAAAUAA